UACAGACCAACUGUUGGUGCCCACAGUCAUCCCUUACCAGCUAUAACAGAUGCUUCAGAAAAGGGAGUGCGUAGGAAUAACAGUCCGGCACAUGAGGGCGGCCGUCUAAGACAUCUUGAAGGACGACUGAAUGUGACUGAUCAGUCAAAUAAGGCAUUAUUAGAGGAACUUGUUCGUUUACAAGGAGAACUGAAAGGAAGUAUACGGCGUAAUGAAGACACUUUGAGGGAGGAAAGGGAAGAGAGGCUUGUUCUGUCAGAAAAAAUUAGAUCAGCGAAUAAUUUGUACACUCAAAUGAUGAUGAGGGUUGCACGUGCCGAAGAAAAACUUGAAUCAGAGCACAACACAGUAGGGACUCUGGUUAAUCACACCAAGCAGAUGGAACAAGCUUUAUUAGGAAAUCAACAGCAGUUACUGAGUCGACGAGAACAGCUUCAUGUUCAUGUGGAACGAGUCAAAGAUGACAUGGAAGACAUGAGAGAAAGCCAAGAACAAUUGCAGAAAAAUAUGAGAGCUCUAAUUGAUGACGUGAGAACAAUGAAGAGCAAACAUGAAGUGCAGACAGUACAGUUUGGUACUCUAGUACAAGAAAUAAGGCAAAGGAUGAAAAAAAUUGAGGGAGACACAAACAGUGCAGUAAGUGCUUUCAUUUGAUACAAUUUUAUAGAGUGGACAAGGGGUGACAUUAUCUCACUCAGCCCUCCCCCUCUCUUUCCUCCCACUUUCCUUCCCCCCCUUCACAAAUACCAUUUAAUUGAGAAACACUAUAGGUCAAUGAUUAACCAAUUUCGACUCUUUUCAAAUCACUUUCCUUUCCUUUCCUGUCUCCUCCACCCCUCCUGGUCCUGUCUCCUGCCCCUCUUAACCCCUUCGCAAUUACAUAAUUAUAUGUCAAUGCACGCACUUUUGUUAAACCUUGUAAGAUGAGCAUCUUACAAAAGAGCUUUGAUUUAUUGUCUCUACAUGAGGUCUUAAUAUUUUCUUUUUUGUACAAUAUAUACGCACAGUCACAAAUUUUUUAGUUAUUACUGCAAAUAUUAUUUCUAGUAAUGCCUUAAAUUCUUAUUGGAAAGUUCUCCUGGGUAAUUCAAUCUUUGAUCUGUGAAGGCAACAUAUCAGAUCAAGAAAAUUUUUCAAAAUUAGUUAUCAUUCAGUCAGUACUGGUGAUCGACUACCUUUCCUUCCAUUUAUUUAAUAACCAUUUCACUCUCAAGAUCAAAAUUCCAAUUCUCUGCACUUUCCUUCAUCCAUUUUUGAUGAAUUUUCAUUUGAGAUUUUGGUGCUUAAUCAAACAAUAUCCUUCGAUGUAUAUCUUUUUUUCUUCUCAUCACCCCUCUGCUCAAAAAUGUAUUAAUACUUUAAGCCAUUAGGAUAAAAUCUUCUUUGGUCAUUCUUGAGAGGAAAAGGGGUAAAGUAAAAGCUAAAGCAAUUUUGUGGCCCUUAAACCUCAUGUUACAUUACUUUAAUUCAUAAACUAUAAUAGUGGUAGUCUAGUAAAAAAUGCAGUUGAUAAGAUUGUCACUGUACUGCUUGGAACAUAAAUGAAUGUAGAUCAGAAUGCCUGCUUUUUUCCUUAUUGUGUUUGGUGUCUCAAAGUUUCUUCCUUCAACAGAUGUCUUCUUUGAAGAAACAACAUGAUGAUCAGAACACUAAAGAAGCCAAUUCACUUCAGUUCAAGAGUAUUGUGGAAGCAAGGUAUUGUAAAUCUUGAUCAGAUUUUCACUUUGAUGUCUACAAAUUUUGUAUGUUAAAUUAUUAUAAUGUGCAUGUGGUUUAUAGUCAUGUUUCAGAUUAAAUUUUUGUUGAAGUUAUUAAUGGUACAUUAAAUAAUAACUUGAAUAGUGAACAGCUAUUUUUACUAUAGCAGUGGUGACUCAAAUGAAUCAUUUCCAUUCUGUGGUAUAGAUUAGCUGACAUAAAAGAGAUAACCAGUGAAUUGAGGAGACGCAUUGAAGCUGAGGAAGGGGAGAGAAGGGCAGCUAGUCAGCAGAACCAGCUCAGGUAGGGAUCACAAGUUUCUUGACUGACAAAUUUGUAAAACUGUUUUUGAUAAAGAACUAUGUGACAUAUGAUUAUAUGGCUUUCAUUUUAUUUCCUCUUGGCACAAAAUGGCUGAGGAAUCGAGCAGUGUACAUCUAUCCAAGAUCAGUUUUAAUUGUUUCAGUUUCAAAUAAUGCUAUAAAUUAUGUUUUUAUUUUAAAUUUCAGUAUAGAGCAGUUGAGAGCUGUUGUGCAGGAAAGUCAUCAUCAAAGAGAACAAGAGUUAUAUGCACAGUCCAUGAAUUCCAAGGAGAAGGAGGACCUUCUUGAGAAUGAAAGAAGUAUGAUUGCCAGUAAACUUGCAGAACUUUCAGAUGAGCAGAGCAAAAAGAUGUUACAGAAAGAAAUAAGACUAAGAGAAGAUGCUCAGUCAAAGUUUACUUUGUUAGAAAAGGUGAGCGGUGUAAGAGUUUACAUUGUUUAAAACACUUUACUUUCGAUUCAAGUGACCAAGAGAGAAUUUCUCCUCACAAAAUAAAUACCAUAUCAGGUAGACAAUUGAUUAAAGUUAUGGGAGUAAAGGAAAAUAUAAAUUAUGGGAUUAUGACUUGAUCCAAAUCUAAAUUCUGCAGAUUAACUUCUGAAGAAUUGUCUGGCAAAUAGUAAGGAGAAUUAAUAAGGAGAUCUUGAGAGUGAAAAGGUUUACUAUUUUAACUAAAAAUCUCAUCAUAAGGCUUCCAAAGAGUUUGUAUUAGACAUCAUUACUAACAGUUAUCUACGUCACACUUCUGUCCAAAAAUGCAUGUAGUAACAAAAAUGGCAGAUUUGAAAAUUUUUCAUCAAACCAAGUGAAAUUUAAGGAUUUGACAGUUUUGGCAAAUUUUUUACUCAAAUUCGUCAAUGUGCAAUCAGCUUGGCAGAAUUGAUGAUUUUGACAAAUUUUUCCAUUUUAUUAGUUCUGGAUGUAUCUCCAAACUCUUAAAUCAUCAAACUGAAAUCUCUUACUUUGCAUUUUCAAGAAAUUACGCGAGGAACAAGCUGCCAGGCUUGUGUUUGAGAAGGCACAGCGAGAGGAGAUGGAGAGACGUUGGCAGUCACUCAAAGCUUACAUCGACGAAGAAGCACAAUUGUCUAGACAGGCUCAGCAGGUAACUGCUUCCUCAUUUAAAGUUCUUAACGUUGGUACAGUUUUUAGCUCUCACACCAAAUCAAAACUUUUCACUCUGCUUUAUAGAAACAUAUUAAGUGAAAGAGAAGGGGAAAGUAAUGAAGAAGUCUUGUUCAAGUUAAACAUGAACAUUUUAAGUGUGAAAGGAAACAAGGAAGAUGUAUUGAUUUAAUUUAACUUUUUAUGAUAGAUAUGUUAAUAUUACAAUUAUAAAAUGUUAUGGAUAUCAGACAGUUGCUUGUAAUUAUUCCCUUAACAAAGGUUAACAAAACAUAGCUUUCUAUUUACUUUUUGUAAUCUUACAAUAAGAGCAAGACACUAUUUGUGUAUGGGAUUUAUAUUUUAAAGUAACCCAAUGUUUUCUACUCAGGUUGCACAGGCAAGGACUGACCAGAGUCUUGUGCGACUUAAUGAGUCUAUAACAUUACUUGAAAGACAAAUGGAAGAAGGAAGGAAGGCAAUAGAACAAGUGUUACAUGCUGAAAUCACAUCAAGGUCACUAUGCAUUGAAUAAUCAGUAAUGUGUUUUUUUUUUCACAUAUUAUCCUUCAGGGAUGGGAUAAUUAAAUGUCUUUGAAGGGGAGGGGAGGAAUGUUGGGCACUUAAAUUAUUGAAGAAAAUCCUGUAAAACAAAAUGGUAGAAAUACAAUGAUGCAUAGUGAGUAACUGCAUAAAAUCCUUUAGCUGGCUAAUUUUAUUUAUAACUAUAAUUGUAAUUUUUGGUCCUUACCUAUCAUUAGUUACCAUAUUGACACCUUUUUGAUGAGAAUUCUGCCAGCAAAUUUACUUUGCUUUAGCAUAAUAUAGAUACUUGAUUGCAAAGUGGUUUUAAAGAUAAAAUGAUGUUAAGCUCAAGUCUGAUUUGUAUUAUUUUAUUUUCCUGUUCAGGGUUUUAGUACUGUGCUGGGUACAAAGAAAAAGAUGAAAACCAACUAGUUAAAAUUGAUUUUGACUUGAAAUUUAUUUUUUUAACCACAGAACUUUCAUAUUGAUAAAUUUGUUUAAUCUUUCAUUUGACACAGCACUUAUCUUAGUUGGUUUGGCUAUCAAGUAUAUUAAAUUUUCUUUUCCAUAGUUAAGUAUUAGUAAUAAUCUGUUGGUUCAUUUCUGAUUUAUGUUCCUUUUAUUGAUUUACAGGCAAUCACAAAGUGAGAAACUAUCUAUCAGAUGCAAUCAGCUGCAGGACAAACUAAACAUGGCCAUCAGCACUUUACAACAAGCAGUGGGUGGAGUCAACUCACAGGUCUCAGACAGUGUUUCUAAGGUGAUUAUUUAACUCUCCUUAACCCUUUUGCUUCCAAUAUCUCUAAUUUAUAACCAGUAGUAAUUCUCCUUAUGGUCUGCAACACAAUUCUUAUGAUAUUAGUUUGGAGAAUUUGGUAUUGAACCAAUUAAUAAUCACCUAAUUGAUAUUUUUCUUUAUUCUCACCACUUGUGACUGCUUGAUAAUGUAUUGAUAUUGUAAGGAGAAAUUCUCUCUUGGUUGUUCAUAGGAGUUUAAGUGUUUAAAGAUCAGUUUUGUGUUUGCCUCACUAAAUGUACAUGCUAGUGACAAGUCCUUUAUUUUUGGAGCACUUUGAUCUGAUACGUGACUUUCUGUUGUUUUCCAGGCAAAAGAAGAAUUGAUCAGCAUGAUGGACAAGAACAGCAACACAGGGAUCAAGGGAUUAGCAGACAUGGACACAAGACUUGCCAAGUUGAACAAGCGAGUAGGAGAGAUGGAAGAUGUUCUCAGCAAACUGGAAAAGGUGAGAGGAUUUUUUUUCAUUCCCAAACCCAACAAGCUAUUGAAUAUAAUAAUUCUCUUUUAAAAUUAUUAGUAUCAAUAACCCUUAACUGUCGACAGAUGGCAAUGUUGAUGGUUUUGUAAUUAAUUUGAUGUCAACCUCUGUGGAGUGGUAUUGAUAUUAAGUGAUAAAAGUGAUUUUAACUGUUAAGGUGGACAGACAAAAGUCAAUUGGUCUAUAGAUAACUAACUUUUAUAGGUAGAAAGAGAUAUAAACUAAACUUAAAGUUUAUGGAAUGACUGUUUUCUUUAAUAGGAAGUCAAAAUUUAUGAUUAUUAUUGUUAGAUGUUUUAAAAUAUUUUGUUAUUGUGCAUUAAAGAGUUUUUUUAUCCACCAGGCAUAAUUUGUCUUAAAUAUAAGUGUAAAGUUUUUAAAAAUUUUACUCAAUCUUUUGUACCAACUAACUUUGAACUUGUUUGUAUUGAAUGCAUUGUUGUUACAGCGGAUUAAAAAGGUGGAUUCUCAAAAAAAAGAGGUGAACAUAAUCUGUUGUAAGGUUUUACUUGUAACCACAAGAUAAUCAACCUGUUUAAAAAAUACCAAGUUUUGUUAAAUUUUUAAACUCCAAAAUCAAUAUUAAAUACUUAGUGGUGUUUUGAUUGGUUCACUCAUCUCCCAAUAUCACUUCUCAUACUCUCAGUCACCUUACAUGGAAACACAUUACACCAGUUGUUGCAUUGCUGACAAAAGCUCCAAAUAUCCAAAUGUUUAGGAUUCGUGCUUGUUGGAUACAAGACAGGUUUAAUAGCCAGCUCUGUGGUAUGCACCUGGUUGGGUAUUUACCAUCUUAUAUCCAGCCCAUGCUUAGGAAAUAUUUGUCAAUUAUACUAAGAUUAAAACUUAAGUUGACAUGAAUGGAUGAAGUUAAUGUAAUAUAAAAUUCAAUCUAAUUAAAAACAAAACAAAGCAAAACAAAACAAAGUGAUAUAACUGUUGUGUGAUGCAAAGCUAUAAAUUAAGAAAUGUAAACUGAUGUAAGUUGUUAAAUUUCUUAAUGACUAACUUCUAAUAAGUGAUUAAAUCCUAAACACAAUGACCUCUAAAUUUUUAAAAAUUGUGGAACUAUUAUAUCUUAAAGCAAGAAAUGAGUAGAUACCUAUUAGUAAGUAAUUGUCUCUGUAAAUUUAUUUUCUUUGUGCUGCAAUCAAGAACACUGUAGUUGUGAAACCAUUAAACUUUCUAAGAUCUACAGACUGAAAAACUUGGAAGCAUGUUGAUCUAUUUUCUGAAAUUUAUAGGUUGAGUUUACAGAUCUUUUUUCCCUUAGAGACAUAAAACAGUAUGAUAAUUUUUAAGGUCAUCAAGGGUCACAUGGUUCUUUUGUACACUUGUAUUGAGAGUACCAUUGUUGUAAUAAGUUUUAUAUUGCCUUUUAUGAGUGUUCAUGUUAAUAAAUCAAACAAGCUUUGUUGUUUGAUGGUCUUUUAGUAAGCAGCUAUCAUUUGAAAAAAUAAAACUGCAAAAACUGAAAUUUUAUUGUGGACUGGUUUCCUCUAACCUAUAUUUGUCUGACAUUUUUUUUUCUGCUUGUAGCAUGGUAAAUUAGACAAGGAUGAUCGAGACAGAAGCAUAAGUCAGAUGGCCAGUUGGCGCCAGGACACUGAUGAACAGUUUAGAGAAUUACAAAACAAGCUUAGGCCACUUCCUGAUGAGGUAUAAUCAGUAAUUACUAAUAUAAUUAAUAUUAAUUAGCUCCUUUUAGUUUCUGGAAAUAAUUCAGGAAUGUUGACCUACAUGUGCUUAGCUCUUCUUGGUUUCUCUGGCCAGUCAUAUUAUGAAUUGUUAUGCAAUGCUUCUAACUAUUGAAAAACUUUGUAAACGUCAAUGAGGUUUCGCACAGUUCAAGUGAAGAAAUAAACUAUGGAAUAAAAAAAUGAAGUCCACUCUGGAGGAAAUUAAAACAAAAGCACACCUCUCCCAAUUCUCUGCCUUCUGUAACAAAAAACAACCAGGAGCACAUUUCUUGGUUUGAACCUUGAAAGGUUAACAGGUAUACCAUUAUCACUUGAUACAGAUGGAAUCUCCUGGUAUUUUCUAAUUGUGUCGAUAUUGAUGUCUUUGCUUCAAAUAACAAAAAAAUUGUAGCGUAUUGACUCAGUAACGAUAUUCAUUUUGUGAUAUAGAAGUUCUCCUUUGCUCACAAUACAUGACCCAUAUAUUGCUCUUUUAUACUAUUAAUUGACUAGAAUUGGGCAACAUUUUUAUGUUUUUAUGUUUCAGAUUGCUCUCCUCCAAAGACAGAUUGCAGGACUGAAAGCUGAUCUGGAGGCCAAGGAGGAAGAAGAGAGGAGAAAGGCUGCAGAGUAAGAUAUAUUAAAACCUUGUAACUCAGGACAGUCACCCCAACAUCAGUAUACAUUUUCUUCAUACUGUUUUCUGUACGGAGGAGGUGGUGGGGGGUGGUGGUGAGAGGUGGUGGGUAACUUGUGGUGAACCAGGUGUCUCUCAAUGGAAGGACGGUAACCUGUGGUGCAUUAGUAUCGUAUCCAGGCAUAUUCAGUCUCGUCAUCACGAAUUUGGAAGCUAGGAGAGUUCCGGUUAUGUGGACUGCGAGGGAUUCGUUUUUGACUGUUAGAGUGAAAAGGAAAGACCUCAUGAGACCACAGUAAAGAUUAUACCGCAAUAUAGUAUUCAAUGAACGUUCUUGAAUUUUUAUCCUUGUUACACAAAUUUUUUUUUUAGGAGAAGAAAUAGGACUUCUGUUUUAUCCAACACUGUUGUUAUAGUUUAACAGCAGAGUUUUUAAAGUACUCUGUUUUUCCCUUUUUUUUGUCAUGUAAUAUUUUUUUCAUGUUCGUGCCACUCUUUUUCUUUAGGCAACCGCCUACUCCAUUUGUUAGGGAGACGGAACCUGAGCCGGAGCCGGAGCCGGCACCAACGCCGACGCCGUCGCCGCGGGCGGCGGCAGAGGAGCCUGAGGACACCGCAGACUUGCGAAAUAAGGUGCAGAAACUGGAGGAAGAAGUGCAACAGGUGAGGUGCCACUGGGAUAUGUCAUGGGAUAUACGGCUUUCUCUAGUCACACUUAUGUUGGCCUGAGAGCUGGCUUUCAAUAGCGCCGCGAUACAAACCUCAUUGUUAAUGUCAGACCCCUCGCAGGCUCUUGAUAGCGCUGCGAUAUGAGCCUCAAUUAUAAGUGCCAGACCCUUCGCAACCCUCUCGACGGCUUGCUUUACACAAGGCCUCAGACUCUCUCGCAGGCGAGGAGAUGCACGUGCUGUAGCCCUAGUAAUGAGGGCCAGUUCGCUGGAUACACUUCUGUGGGCACAGAGAGAAACUCGCAAAUGAGAUUCUCUUCAUUUCCCUUCUCUUCGCUUAACCACCAGGACUAGUUAUUCUGCCUUCUGAGAGGAGAAUCGGUGUUAUAUUUAGAUAGCACCCUCCAGCUGAUAAGCUUGCGAAUUCUCAUGACCUCUUUGUGAGACAGUGCGUUGAAAUCGCGAGGAGAAAUUAAAUGUUGAUCACUUCGGGGUAACCAGGGUAAUUUCGGAGUUAAAGGAUGAAAAGAUCUUAAAAAGAUCGAAUGAGACUCAGUUCAAGCUUUUUUUCUUUUCUUUCCAGACUUCUACUCAAGUAGCCAAACUGGAAAAUACAGUUGAGACCUUACGUACAGUCUUGACACAAAAAAUACAAUCAGAGGCUCAAACGGUGAGUUCAGUUGUAAACUGGAAUGUUUGGGUGAUUUUGAGAAUGUCUAUGGCUCAUGAGUAUUCCCUGAUAGUAUGACCAUGUAGCCGGUAAACUCCGAGGAUUCUUGAGGUGAGGCCCUGGAAAAGGGUUUUUCUCUUGCAGCGCAAUGGAGGAAUUAGUGUUUUUUCUACGAUGUCCCAAUUAAAAACCGGCGAGCUCCAGUAUCAGUCGGAAAUAACACGAGGACCAUCGAUAGUUUUCACGUUAAUAUGUUGCUAUCACGGAGUGUCGUCUACCCUGUAAAAUGACUUGUUGAGAUUUGCGAGAUGUGUUAGGUUGGGAAUGAGUAAGAGUCAAAGUGGUACAGACUAGCGAGUUUCGUACGCUGUGAGAUCAGGUUUGGAGGCAGAUAUUGAAUCAGAUUUUCACCAUGGACAAAAUGGUUCGCACUGCGAUAGUUAAAAUUGUACAAUGAUGAAAUGUCUUUGGAAACGGAGGCUAGUUACCAGUAAAAAGCGCGGGAAAUUCUACUGCUCAUAUGCUACGCACGGUAGUUCCAGUUAAAAGCUGAUUGGUUGAGGAUAAAACGUCACUUUAAAGUCAAUUGAUUUUGAUUGGUGAUUCGUCAUUUUCGAUUGCCAACGAGAUUUUGUUCGUAGAAAAUGAUUAGACCACUUACAACUAAAUGUCUCCUUUUUCAACUAUGCUGGGUUUAUUUUCUGGUAGAGAACUCAGUUGAAAAUUAGAACUUAGCCUUAAAAUUUAUUAACUUUUUUUAUCAGCUGGUUAAUUAGUCGUAACGUCGCUUUGCAUGACAACAAUUGCAAUAAUAACAUGUUGUCCUCUGUGCAGUUCUUUCUCUUAGCUCUUGAACGGGUAGCUUCCCAGCACGAUAGAGCUGGGAAGAAAGAUUAAGAAAGAUUUAAUUUCUUGUCUGUCAGCGUCUCUGAUGAAGAAGUUACAGUAUUGGUAGUCACGCGUGCCUUUUCAGGGUUCGAAAUAGUUAUUAAUUAGCAGCUUAGCAGCUUUUGAUUUUAUUUGUAGGCGUGGCUGCGUGACAAGAUAAUGUCGCACAAUGUUAGUCAGGAAAACUUCAGUCAAGCAAAAACCUACACUUGUUGUAUAAAAAUUGACCCAGAGUCAAUAACAAUGUUUAAAUGGAUCCAUGCUGUUUUCUAUAAUUUGUUUCAGUUCGCAUCGUUGUUUCACGCGACCAAUACAAUUCCCCAUUACUUUCAACAUGUCUUUAUUCGUAGAAGUUAUUUUCGUCUCUGUGAUAGUGAUCAGAUUUUCCCACUGAAAGUUUGCGUCCUUGCCAACGUGAAAUUCAGUUUCACGUUACUCUCCAAAAUCUCAUAUAUACGCACAGUAAUGUUUGUGUUUUUACUAACUGAGGUUUGAAAUCUGCAGCGAGGUGAUUCUAUCGAGGAACUCAAGGAGCAGUUACAGCAGAUCAAUUCCAGUAUGUCGCCACGUAGUCAAUGCAAAUUUGUGCAUUUUUGUUUUCAGUCCAUCUUCUUUUCAAGUUUUCUCUACAUUGAAACAAAAAAAAUUAAGCUGAUGUUCUUUUAAACGUGAUCAGAAUUUUAAUAACUCGAGAGUUCUGCGUUUAAGGCGAUAAAAUGAAUAAUUCAGCUAAAAUAUAUUGAUUACCAUAAAAUGUGGCAUAAAAGGAAUAGAAACUGUAACGCAAUAGUAUCUACAGUUUAAAAAGAAACAUUUCUGCAUGUUGUUCUUUAAAACGAAGUUUAACGGUCAAGUUUCUAAAUGGUGACUUUUUUUUGGUUUGAUUAGCUAGCCGAAACUUUUUUUGCCAAUUGAGCUUCGUAUUUUUUAUCUCAUUUUAAUCCGAAAAUGACUUAAUGCGACUGAUUCGUCUAAACUUCGGUGUUUUCGUUAUAAUAUCGCUUGACCUUCCUCGGUGCUUAAAACUUAGAAAGAGAUUAAUCAUAAGCAGCACCGACUGAAGCAAUUUCAGGGCCGCAAUUUAGAAGCCUACUUAUAGCCGUACCCUCCCCCUAAGCAGAAACGGAAGGUUUCCUCCAGCGGGGGAGGGUACGGCUACAGGUAGGCUACGGUUUAGUAUAGAUGAUAUUGGGCAUAAAGUAUCAAUUGACGUCCAGUGCAAGACAGGCUGUCAUAAUUUGUAAACUUGUGGAAUUAAUCGGCUGAAAGUUUAUCUUUUAAUUUCAAGCGAGAAAUACUGAUCUUUCCAUCAGUUUCCUAUAAAACUAGAAAGAAUCUUGAAAGUUUUCAGUCAUGUUUGUCUGUAAAAGUAUCGGUAAUGCAAUGAACUUUGGAUCGGUUAAAUAAUAUCUUAAGGAGUUAAUAAAUGUGAAGGAAAAUCGAAACGAACGCAAUUACAUCUUCAAAACAAGUUUAAACAUUGAAGCGAGGCUGAGCGAACCACUUCAAGUGGAGAGUACUUGACAAGCUAUAAAUUUAAAAUAUAUCAGAUAUAUAUUAAGAAUGUGACUUUCAAUCAAUAAAAAUGUUUUAAAACUGUUUUAAGACAUUUUGAACUAAUAAGGUUUUCAACAAGUUUGUCGUUAAAAAAAAACAAGAAUUGAGAACUUUUCAAGGAAGUAAGUAAAUUUCACCUUAAGAUUUUUUCUGAAGCAUAAGUCUCAUCCAAACAGUUCAAUAUUAGAUUUUCUGAAGUGAGAAAAAUUUUUAGUCUUUUACUAAUCGCACAGGAGCGUCAAGAGGUCAGAUGUAAGAUAUACACAUUAACACUAAACCUUUUAUUUCAUUUAUUUGUACUUGCAACAUUGAUAACUAUAACAAUUGUCACGACGGCUUGCCAUUUCCGCAAGUAACCCAGGAUUGUUAAGUGAUCAGUAAAUUUAUAUGAUUAUCAAGUAACAUUGGUAAAUUAAUGUGUUAGUACUGAUGACUUUAUCCAUAUCGUCAUUAUUAACUGUGGUGAUUUAAGUUUCAGGAAAUAAAUUGAUAAUGUUUUAUGAUGUAUUAGUAAUGAAUAGUAAACAGUAAUAGUGAUCCCAAUCACGUCCUGUAGUGAAGGGGUUGAAUGUUACUAAGUUUAUGGAAGAAACCUUAAAUUUGAAGGAUUUUUAAACGCUUCCUUUUUAAACUAGCAUGGACAUUGAACUGCAAUCAUUUUGUUUUAAAAAUUUACAGAGUGAAGUAAAUGUUACCAUUUCUAAGCCUUUUUAAUUCUUAAACGUUUGAAAGUAUUUCAUAACUUUUCUUUCUUUAUCCAUCCAAUUAGCCUUAAUUAUCUAUCCUAAUCCUCUUUCAGUUUUUAUCGAUGAUACUCUGUUCAGGUUAUUUCUUCCAAAAGGAGGAGGGAAAGGAUUAGGAAAACUAGGGAGGAAUUUCUCAUUCAUCAUGUGAGAACGUAACAGAAGGCUUGAAAAGCGUGACUUGACGGUUAAAGUUAUGGCUAUGAUGAACCCAAAUUCUCUCCUCCUUUUUCGUCUUUGUGUUUUUACCCAAUUUCUAAAAGACUGUUAUGCCUGUAGGAAACAUGAAUUCUUGUUUCAGAUUAAUUUGAACUUUUUUCAUUACAAUUUUCAUUUCUAUUUUUCUCUCCAGCGGAAUGAAGAACAGGAUGCCAUUGAACAAGACGUAAACAAAGUUAUUCGGUAUUACCUUCAAGAUCAUCGACGUGUAUUCGUUAAACACAGACACCCCAACGUUUGCAUACCUCAAUAUGUGGAAGGAGUUGGAAGAAUGCGAUUCGCCUUGUUGGAAGUCAACAAGUGGGGAAUCUACCAGUCAUGGAAGAUGCUGACCAUCAAAAAGGCGUGGUAUCGCCUUUUGGAGAAGAAAGAACAACGAGAGAGCGAAGAAAAAGCCAGUGCUUCGACUUCUUCACGAACGGAAAAUAAGGCGCCUAGUAAGAGGACUGAAGAUAGCGAAGAUGACGAUGACGAUGACGAUAAUGAUGACGAUGAUGACGACGACGACGAUGAUGAUGAUGACGACGAUGACGACGAUGAUGACGAUGAUGAUGACGAUGACGACGAUGAUGAUGAUGACGAUGACGACUCAAGGCGCGGCGGUAAAAACAAGAAAGGAAAAUCUAAUAAAGGAAAAAAGGGUAAAAAGUGAGGAAGUAGGGGUAAAAAUUGAGAAAAAUCAACUACCGCAAAAAAAAAAAAAGGAUACGAAAAAAAGGUUGCUAAGAUAUUGCUUGAAAUUAUAGACCAUAAGUAUCCCCCCUUUUUCAGCGAAGUCUUUUGCGCUAGCAAAAAAGUCUUUGCCGGAAAGGAGGGACUGCUCGUGGGUCUACGUUAACUAUCACUUACGUUUGUCGCUGGUGUUGAUCUUCGUUAACCCUUUAACUCCCAUGAGUGACUAAGACAGAAUUUCUCCUUACUAUAUCGAUACAAUAUCAAGCAGACAAGUGACGAGAAUAACGAAAAACAUGAAUUAAGGGAUUAUUAGUUGAUCCAAUACUAAAUUCUCCUAACUAACAUCACAAGAACUAUAUGGCAGACAGUAAGGAGAAUUACUAAUGAGAUCUUGGGAGUUUAAGGGUUAAUUUCCAUUUUUAUCACGGAUUCGCUAGUUCAUAAAGAAGAUACUGUGGUUGUCUCCGAACGAGAGUGCGCUCGGCGAGUUACGGCAGAUUUUGUCUAGUAAAUAUUUUCAUUUGUAUAUGUCACAGAUAGCCACGUUUUCAUUAGCUCUGACGCUUUUCACAAGGCUCUCAAAUAUAUUUCCGGUUGAAAAUAUAUAAUCAAUUUCGCUGGUUUGAUUUGUUUUGCCCAUCGUAGUAUAUGACAUCACGUGCAUUUACAAAGAUCUCCCUUUUUAUAGUAUAAAAUAAAAUUUAUAUGACAUAAUAUAUACUUCUGCAAAGAGCGUGUGUCGCUUAAAACAAAACUUUUCAAUUGCAGUUGCUCACCAGGUGAGCGCGUAUAUGAAUAUGUAUAGAUCUGGUUAGCUGGGCUGGACCUUAGCUAUAGCAGAUUCGUAGUUUCAUAGUAUUAUUUUUGGGUUUCAACACCCGUAGUCGUUCGUAUAGGGAAAAUAAUUGUACCGUAAUUUUGGAUUUUUAGUUAAACAUUGUCGUAUAAACUGAACUUUUAAAGGGGCGAGCGGCAUGCUAACUGUACAUGUGCACGUCAGUAUAAAACGUUCAAGCAAAAGCAGAGAGUCGAUUUAUGACUGCGAUCGGUCUUAUGUCCAUAGGUAAAAUUCUUUAGGAAAGCAUAGUACCUUAGUAACGCAACUACUGAGUGAAAAGUGGCUAAGUUUCUUGGUGUGAACUGAUAUUAAACUAAAGAGAGUGGGAUUGUCAUUGUGACUGUGUGUUCGGUGACUUUCCAGUACUUAUCAUGGUUGUAAUUGUAAGAACUGUGUUAUAUAUAUUUAUUAAAAUUCAGACGCUUUAAAUCAUUAUAUUUUUUGAAAAAAGAAACUGUUCAGUUUAAUGACACUUUAAUAGAUCCAUGGCACGGUCAAUACUGACCCACCCCUCCUGCCCCUAUCGAUAAGUUUUAUCUCGGUUCCGCUGACAUUUCUUUGUUGUGUUCGUCGGCUCUUAUUAUUCAUUUAUUGAGGAUAUUUCAUUCAUUCAACUGUUUCCGAUCGCUUGCUUACAAGCAGCGCACAAACAUUCGAGAGCGUUCUAAAACAAUAUCAGAAGUUCUCCGAAAAAUUAAAGUGACGAUUUUGAGGUCGCUUUGCCGUGCUCGACACGAGUUCAGAAACUACGCCAGAGUGUAAGACUUUUAAUCAUUUACUACGCUCCAAGUGGGAAGACUUAUAAUUCAGCUCGAACUUGGCUCGCACGAGUCGAUUAGCACUCUUCAUUAUGAGAAUAACGCUUUGACAGAUUUAUUGACCUUACGUGCGUCUGUUACUUAAUAGUAUAAACAUUCGUCAGAGAACAUUGUGCGUAUCACAUGGCCUAGUUGACAGCGAAGCCCGACAAUGGUAGAUUCCAAGUUCCUGAUCGUGACCACGCUAUGCUAUGUGGGAAUCUUCGGCGUGAUUUUUAUCGUCUGUUGCUGUGCUUGGACUAGACAUUUAAGAAGAGAAGGGCGUGGAUAUUCGCCGAGGAUUCGAAAUAACUCGAGCAGGAGGGUUCAUCGACCACAACCGCCAGAAUACCCGAUGGCACCUUCUACACCAUUGUACGCUCAUCGAGGUCAUAGAUUUGCGGAAGUUAAUUUUCCAGAUGGAAACACUUACUAUCCAGCCCCACAGCGAACGCAAAACCUCGCUCAAAGAAAUAAUUUAUACCCAAUGGUACGUCAUCAUCCUACUUCAUUUGGAUACCCACAAGCGCAUUUUUUUCCAACUAGCGUGACGACAAAUGUCGAUAUCUCACUUGACGUACACGGAAUGAACUACGGAGAUACUAGCCAGGGUGGUUUGUCAGGCGAUGAAUUCAGCGACGCCACGAGUUCAAGAUUUGACGGCGUUGCUAGUGCCACAGCGGAAAAUGUAGAAACAAAGGAAGGCAAUCAAACCCCUAGAACUAUCUCGCCUUCUCACGCCUCAGAAGAUGAUGGCAAAGAAUCCGAGUAA